GAAAUGAAGCCGGUUCGCUCAGGUUUCAGAGGGUUAAAAGCAUUUACAAAAUUUAAACAGUUAAAACGUGUACGAGUAAAGGAUGAUUUCUGUUUCCCUCUCUGGACUCCAGCUCCCAUCAGCCCUCAGUGGAGGCGUGGCCCGAGAUGAUGCUGACAGCGGAGGUGACUCCGGGUGACGGCUGGUUGGUCCGUCAGGGAGGGGUGGGUCCGGACUCGGUGCUGCGGCAGCUGCUGGGGAAGGACGUGUCGGACACGCUGUGUCCCCGGGACAGGCUGCCCCCGGCGGGCGGCCCCGGGGCCCCUGGGCCCCGCAGGACGGGGCUGGUGGAGAGGAGAGAGCUCAAACUAGCGAGACUCAGACAGAUCAUGCAGCGCUCUCUGAGUGAAUCCGAUUCGGACGGUUAUCCACCGGAGGAAGGUAAAAAUCAAGGAGCGGCGGCCGUGAGCGCGCCGCGACCUGAUAGGCCGUCACACCUGCCAAUCGCAGAGGAGGAGCCGGCGUCUAACCACCUCAACCUGAUGAUGAGGAAGCACCUCCCCUCCUCCGCCCCCUCCUCCUCGGCUGAGAGGAAGCUGGCGUUUUCUCUCAGCGGGUCAAAGUCGGUGGACAGCGUCGGAUACAACCCCUCGCCCACCUCCAGCGACCCCGAGGCGGCGGACGGCAAAACGCCAGACGCUUCCGGCGACCUUCACGACGGCCAGAAAGCCGCCACCAGCCCCAAGAGCGCCCUGAAGUCUCCGUCAUCUCGCAGGAAGACGUCUCAGAACCUCAAACUGAGGGUCACCUUCGACGAGCAGGUGCACAAGAGCUCCACUCAGGAGGCGGAGCAGACCAAAGGGCAUCAUGGGAAGGAGAGGACUCCGACAGGAAGCUCUGAAAGCAAGCGUCCGUUUGGGGCGUUCCGCUCCAUCAUGGAGACGCUGAGCGGAAACACAAACCACAACAACAACAGCAGCAGCAGCAGCAGCAGCAGCCAGGCGGGCUCCACCUGUCAGAACUCACCUGGCAGGAAGUCAGAGAGUAAAGGCGGCGCGGGCGGCGGCGGCACCAGAGGAAAGAGCAAAACCAGUAACGUUUAACCAACGAGUGCCUACAGAGGAGCACAAAGCGAGCAGAGCGCCGGAGUCAUCAACACGAGGCAGACAACAUCAGAAACGUAUCAUCACAACGUCCAAAAAAACACAAAGAAAUCAUCUUAAAAUUACCCAAAACGUAAACAAACAGUCAGAAACUGAGAUCAGGUGCGUCCCACAGCCGAGUCACUGACUCAUCACUUCCUGUUUACAUCACCCAAAGCCACAUGGGAACUGUAGUGCCAAAACUGCACACAUAUUAACCCCAAAACAAUCAAACAUCCAUCAUAAACUUUAUUUAUAUAUCACUUUUCUUAACAAGGUUACAAAGUGCUUUUAAUA